UUCACAAUAUCAUAUAAUUGGUCUGUGCAAUGGUUAAGAUAUACAAUAAUUGACAUUGAAAUGGGAGGCACUGAUAUUAUCGCAGGACACAAGCACCAAAAUAUGAGUCGUCAUGGACACAUGGGAAGAGUAGGAAGACCGUUAGAAAUUAUAAAUGACAUCCAAAGCAACGCUCUUUAGUUGAACCUCUACCACUAUAAAUUUUCAGGUACGUAUUUCCACAUAGCUUUGUGUUUGAUAUUCCAGAGAGACACAGAGAAAUAUGGCUUCAAUUUCCUUGAGACAGAAGCCACAUGCAGUUCUUGUACCAUUCCCGUCGCAAGGACACAUAAACCCACUGAUGCAAUUAGCCAAAGUCCUCCACUACAAAGGGUUUCACAUAACAUUUGUGCACACAGAGUACAACUACAGACGCCUCCUUAAAUCCCGGGGUUCCAACUCUCUUGACGGCCUCCCCACCUUCCGAUUUGUGACCAUUCCCGAUGGCCUCCCUGCAACUGAUGCCAAUGCCACCCAAGACAUACCACUCUUAUGUGAUUCCACUAGCAAACACUGCUUGCCUCACUUUAGAAACCUUUUGAAGAAGCUCAGUUCUUCGCCCGAUUCGCCUCCCAUCACAUGCAUAAUUUGUGAUGGUGUCAUGAGCUUCACUCUUGAUGCAGCCCAGGAAUUGGGGCUUCCUGCAGUUUUUUUCUGGACACCAAGUGCUUGUGGCUUCAUGGGCUACGUUCAGUUUCACCGUCUCAUCGAAAAGGGUCUCACUCCAUUUAAAGAUGAAAGUUAUUUUACAAACGGGCAUUUAGAUAUAGUGAUCGAUUGGAUACCGGGCAUGAAAGAUAUCCGUUUGAAGGACUUGCCAACCUUCUUGAGAACAGCAGACCCAAAUGACAUCAUGCUCAACUUUCUGGUGGCUGAAACGGAGCGAACUAAAAAAGCUUCUGCUGUCAUCUUGAACACUUUCCAUGACUUGGAAGAUGAAGUUGUAGAUGCACUUUCGACUCUGUUGCCGCCUAUUUACUCCAUUGGACCCCUAAAUCUACAACUCAAACAAAUCCCAGCGGAUAACGAGUUGAAUUCGAUAGAAUCGAACCUAUGGAUAGAGGAACCAGAGUGUCUUGAAUGGCUUGACUCGAAGGCACCCAAUUCUGUUAUUUAUUAUGGUACAAACAAUGUCAAUUUCGGAAGCAUCGCAAUCACGACAAGAGAGCAGCUAGUUGAGUUUGCUUGGGGAAUUGCAAAUAGCAACAAGACCUUUUUGUGGGUUAUUAGGCCUGACCUCGUUAGGGGGGAAUCAUCUGUGAUCCCAGCUGAGUUUUUAGAAGAGACCAAAGAGAGGAGUCUAUUGGCAAGUUGGUGUCCUCAAGAACAAGUUUUGAGCCACCCGGCUAUAGGAGGGUUUUUGACGCACAGCGGAUGGAACUCUACUCUUGAAAGUGUGUGUGGUGGAGUGCCUAUGAUUUGUUGGUCUUUCUGUGGAGAGCAACCAACCAAUUGUAGGUACAGUUGCAAAGAGUGGGGCAUUGGAUUCGAGUUAGGGGAUGAUGUUAAAAGAGAUUAUGUAGAGGGACUUGUGAGAAAGUUAACGGAGGGAGGGGAGGGCAAAGAGAUGAAGAAGAAUGCCUUAGAGUGGAAGAAGUUGGCAAAGGAGGCAACUACUUGUCCGAAUGGGUUGUCUUUCUUGGCCUUGGACAAAUUGAUUAACCAGGUGCUUCUUUCUUCAAGAAAAUGA